GACGGCGCCAUAUUGAAAGACAGAAAUUCGUUUCGGAAAGGCAUAAAACAUAUAAUUCGCCAAAAUGCUGUACUUAGAGGACUACCUCGAGAUGAUCGAGCAGCUACCCAUGGAUCUGCGCGACAGGUUUACGGAAAUGAGAGAGAUGGACCUGCAGGUUCAGAACGCCAUGGAUCAGCUGGAACAGCGUGUGAAUGAGUUCUUCAUUAAUGCCAAGAAGAAUAAACCCGAAUGGAGGGAGGAGCAAAUGGAAGUGAUAAAAAAGGACUAUUAUAAAGCCUUGGAGGAUGCAGACGAGAAGGUUCAGUUAGCCAAUCAGAUUUAUGACUUGGUGGACCGACACCUCAGGAAGCUGGACCAGGAGCUGGCCAAGUUCAAGAUGGAGCUGGAGGCCGACAACGCCGGCAUCACCGAGAUCCUGGAGAGACGCUCCCUGGAGAUGGACAGCCCGUCGCAGCCCGUGAACAACCACCACGCCCACUCGCACACGGCCGUGGAAAAGAGGAAGUACACCACACCGGCCCACCACACCACCGAGCAUGUCCCGGAGAAGAAGUUCAAGUCCGAGGCCCUCCUCUCAACCCUCACGUCCGACGCCUCUAAGGAGAACACACCGGGCUGCAGGAACAGCAACAUGUCAUCCUCCAACAGCGUGUACAACGUCAACUCCUCCCAGCCUCUCACCUCCUACAACCUCAGCUCCCUGCCUGCGGGCGCUGGCACGGGGGCGGGGGCUAUCACCAUGGCAGCAGCACAGGCCGUGCAGGCCACCGCCCAGAUGAAGGAGGGCCGAAGGACGUCCAGCCUGAAGGCCAGCUACGAGGCCAUCAAGAACAGCGACUUCCAGCUGGGCCGUGACUUCGGCCUGUCCCGUGACACAGCCGGCUACUCCUCCUCCGCGCUGGCGUCCACCCUCACGCAGACGCUGACCCCCGCCUCCUCUGCCUCGGACUCCCGCGCCGGCCGCAAGUCCAAAAGCAACACGAAGUCCUCAAACCACCAGUCCUCUUCCUCGUCGUCCUCAUCCUCCCUGUCGUCCUGCUCCUCUUCCUCGGCCCUGGCACAGGAGCUUUCCCAGCAGGCCUCGGCCCUGCCCGAGUCCGAGGCUAACAGCCAGGUGGACUGGACCUACGACCCCAACGAGCCCCGCUACUGCAUCUGUAACCAAGUGUCUUAUGGGGAGAUGGUGGGAUGUGAUAAUCAAGAUUGCCCCAUCGAGUGGUUCCACUACGGCUGCGUGGGGCUGACUGAGGCCCCCAAGGGCAAGUGGUACUGCCCCCAGUGCACCGCGGCCAUGAAGAGGAGGGGCAGCCGCCACAAAUAGGCCCCCAUCACCCGCGGUGAUGAAGACGCCGGCCUGCUUGGCCACACCAUCAACCCCCCCCCC